GUGCCAUGAGGCAUACCUAAGCAGCAUCGCCUCUCCUUUCAAGACCUGAAGCAAGAUCCCCCAAUUGAGCAGUACUACUAAGAAGCCAUGGCUCCUCCUCCGCUCAUCGCUCUCGAGGAACAUUUCCUCUCCACCGCCAUUCUCGAUGCUUACGAUGAUCAAUACCGAGAACAAUACAAAGCCAUUCCCGGUGUGAAGGCCAAACUCGGCGAUCUUGAAACCGUACGGCUGAGCGAGAUGGACAAGGGGGGAAUCCGGCUGCAAGUAGUCUCGCACGCAUGCAUACCAGGUGCCCCAAAUCCUGAGCUCUGCAGAAAAGGCAACGAUCAGCUUGCUGCUGCGAUACGGAAGAAUCCAGAUCGACUGGCAGGUCUUGCUGUCCUGCCAAUGGCCAGCCCCAAGGAGUCUGCGAUUGAGCUCGAGCGAUGUGUCAAGGAACUUGGAUUUCCCGGCGCAUUAAUCGAUAACCACGCCGAUGGGAAAUACUUCGAUGGCGAUGAGUACGACGUCAUGUGGCAGAAGGCGGAAGAACUCGAUGUGGCCGUCUAUCUGCAUCCGACGUGGCCUACCGAGGACAUGAUGCGAUCAUACACCGGGAAUUUCACAACUGGUGCCACUAUGAGCAUGUCCGCUUCAGGGUGGGGAUGGCACACCGAGACUGGUCUUCACGUUCUCCGAUUGUAUGCUGCCGGACUCUUUGACAAGUUUCCCAAACUGAAGAUCAUCAUCGGCCAUUUUGGUGAAAUGCUACCUUUUAUGCUGCAUAGAGUGUCGAAGCUGAGCUCCAGAUGGGGCGAGCAGCACAGGAAGUUUUUGCAGGUUUGGAAGGAGAACAUAUGGCUCACGACAUCAGGCGUGUGGUCCCUGGAUCCCUUGAAAUGCAUCCUGGGGAAUACCAAUAUAGACCAUAUCUUGUUCAGCGUGGAUUACCCUUUCGAAACGAACGAGAACGGGCUCAAGUGGAUGGUGGAGCUCGAGCAAAGUGGUCUUGUGAGCCGAGAAGAUCUGGAAAAGAUCGCUUAUAAGAACGCCGAGAAGCUGUUGAAGAUACGGCUACCAUGAGCGAAUAACUGUGCCAACGAACAGCUUGAUAGCAGUGGUAUAUCGCGGCGCUACUUAGAGAGCGGAAUUAGUAGCAGUGAGAUAUUUAAUAUCGACAAUUGGCUCAAGCACUCCGAUUUCUUGGCACGAUCCAAAACGCCUCCCAAGGCAGCAGCUCUCAUAGCAGGUUGAAUUCAGUUCUCGACUUCAUUUUUGGCGGAUCCGAGAUACCUUCUUUCUCCGCG